AUGACGCCGACGGAGUCGAGUUUUAGUAGUCGUCUGGAAGUUGGCGAAGGGGCGCAAAUGGAGGAGGUUGUGUGCUGUAACUGUGAGGUACAGCUGUCGCGGAAGGAAUGCCUAUUUGUGCAGUGCGAGGAGUGCCUGGAUGCUGGAACUGAUGUGAAACUCUGUACCUCUUGCUUUCGAAUGGGGGCGGAAUGUGGUCCUCACAAACGAGGGCAUGCCUAUAUUGUGAGAGACUGCAAAGGCGCAUCGCUUCUUGGAUCUGGUAAAUCCGGUAAGCAGUGGGGCUGGAAAGAAGACUUGAAUUUGAUCCGAGCGGUGCGCAAGCACAAACUGGGCAACUGGGAGGAAAUCGCUUCUGAGUUGUGCUCCACGAAAACUGCCGAUGAUGCCAAAAAUCGCUUCGACCGACAUUUUGUGCGUGGUGCUUUCGGUCGUUAUACUGCGGCAGUUUGUAGUCAUUGGCCACAUACGUACGAGUAUAUGGAAGGCGGAGUGAAUUUAUCUGCCAGGCAUGGCCCUGAACAACCGGUACCAGCGUCCAGCAUCUCCAAGUGGGAAUGCGUCGCCAAAUUUUUCCGCACUUCUGAUCGAAGUAAAACAAAAGUGGAUUUCGACAAUCCAAAUUGGUUUGCCGAGUUCGAAGCUGAUCUGAUGGACUUCAGAAGCGAGUUUUCCCUGCUGCGGCCAUCUACUUCUGCAUUGGAGGAGGAUACGGAUGUCAAACAUCUCUGUGAUGUUCAGCGGCCCAACAGUUCAUUAGCCAAAAAUCGGGCUGUGUCGCCUGUUUCUGUUCACUUCUUCAAGUCUACUGCUUCAGUGCCACAGUAUGCGCCACAAUCGUAUAUUAUUCUUAGGAUGAUGAAGGAAGUAAAACAAGUAGCAGCAGCAGCAGCAGCAGCUAUAAGCAUGAUUGCUGGAAUGAAGCUGGGCCUAGCCACGAUGUGCAUGAAAAUCGAAAAUCUUCUGGCUUACGGAGUCCAGAAUAUCGUGCAACUGGUACGAUAUUUAGAAGUGGUUGAUGCUUCUGAUAAGAAGCCAGUAUUGCGCCUGAAGCGUGUUGGCAGUGAUUGGCGAAAGACCGAUGGUACGAAACAAAGUUUCUCGAAGGAAGAAUGUGUAGAAAAACUCAAAAUAACAGUAAGCAGCGAUGCAAAAGAAAUGCUAUUGCGAAGACAUCAGGGACAGUUCCAUGCCAAUUUUCCACUGUUACCAUUGGGCGCUGAAGAACGUUCGAAACUGAAAGAGGACGACUUGCAGCUGUUGGCAUAUAUGCCAGAAAGGGAUGACUUCGAAUGGGAAUUUAACAACAGCGCAGAAAUGUUGGUGAGCCACUUAAUGGCGCAAGCUAGACUUGGCUCUGAUGAGGACAGCGCAUUCGAGACCGCCGUUAAAAUUGCGAAGAUCCAAAAAUAUAACCGAACGCUGAAGCAACGAAAGGCGAAGAAAGCAACAGCGAGGGAGUACGAGUUUGUCAACAAAUUUUUUCACAAAAUCAAGAAAAUUGAUGACCCUCGACGAACUAGCAUAUGCAAUCAGCAGCUUAUGGCAGCGGGAGUAGCAUCGUGGCGACAAGAAUAUCUCCAUUCACUUUUAAAGAAGGUUUAUCAAGUUACUAAAAAAGCAGAACUGGAACAGCUCCUGGAUGCUAUUACAGGAUGUAUUAAUUUAAAUGAUAAAAUCCUGGAAUUAGAAAAACUCAGAGCGGAUGGAAUCAUGCAGUUGAAAGGACGGUGGCGCAGUAAAGUGACUGCUGCUGCUCAGGAUCGUUCGAAAACUAAAAGAAGACGACGACCACAUCCCUCCAAUGAUAUGCAGCGAAAAGCUGCUCUUCGAUGGAAACGCUUUAAACGUUGGACCAAGCAACAGGCCGCUGAUUACGGAUCCGUUGAAUCGGAUACUUAA